UCAGCUUUUGUCACUUAGCAGUUAAAUGCUUUUUCUGAAUAUUCAGUCUCGAAACAAUUGUAAAACUUGAUCACUUUUUAUUAAUUUUUUAUUUUAAAAAUAUUAUUUUAUGGAUCAAGUAAUACGCGGCAUCUUGAAAACGGAACGCAGGGCAGAUGCUAAUAAAAAGAAAAUUCACUUCGAUAAGUACAAUGUGAUGCAAACAAUGCGUUUGACUCAGAGAACGGAUAAUGUGGAAACUCCUAUUACGGUAAAUGAUGAAAAUCAUGGCAAUCUGGAUAUACCUACUCUGAUGAAGCAACUGAAUAUUGCAUCGGACUCUGCAUUCUUUAACAUUCCCGAGGAUUCUGAGGACUCUUCUGCUGAUGAUGAUGAUGAGUUCCCGGAAUUAAUACAGGAAAAGGUACGACGCUUGGAGUUCACUAGGCGUCGCAAAAUGCAUUACAAGGAGUAUUUCACAGUGCCUGUGGCACGUCAACUUAUACAUGAAGAAUUGAACGAUUUAGAAUGCAGCGGGGAGAGUAAAAAUUUUACAACGAAUUCUCAAAUAUCUCCGAACUUGAGUUGUUCUCUCGAAUUUUGUGAAUCCAAUGAAUCCCUCGGCAAGAAAGCUACAGAAAGCUCUAUACAACUGAGCUCGUCUCUUGAUAAUGAUACACUUACAAUUAGUGAUAUAGUGGUUGAGCCUGGUUUUGAUUCCAAUCAUCGUUGCUAUCAAACCUUAAUGGCAGAUUCAAGCCAAGUAAAUCUAUAUAACUCGAUUUGAGUAUCGUUAUAUGUAUAUUUUAUACAUUCAUAAAAAAUAAAAUUGG